AAACAGAGCUGAAGCCAGGAUAGCCAAUGUCGUCAAGUAAAAACCUGGGAGGAGCUCGCCGACGCCGGACCCGUUGCCGGAAGUGCGACGCCUGUCUGCGGACGGAGUGCGGCGAGUGCCACUUCUGCAAAGACAUGAAGAAGUUCGGGGGACCAGGGCGAAUGAAGCAGUCCUGCCUGCGGAGACAGUGUACUGCGCCAGUUCUACCUCAUACAGCUGUAUGUCUCGUUUGCGGAGAGGCAGGGAAAGAGGACACAGUGGAAGAUGAAGAAGAACAGUUCAAGCUUUCUCUAAUGGAAUGCACAAUCUGUAAUGAGAUUGUACACCCCAGCUGCAUAAAGAUGAGUAAAUCCGAUGGCAUUAUCAAUGAUGAGAUUCCAAACUGCUGGGAAUGCCCCAAGUGCAAUCGGGAAGGCAAAUCAAGCAAGGACCAAGGUGAUGGGACUGGGAAGCGAAGGACUGAUAAUGGUGAAGAGGGAGUACGGUGGAAACUGACAGAUGAACCAGCGCAAAGCAAAAAGAAAUCUACAGAGGACACCCAAGGGCACAAGAGAAAAAAGGAAAAAGAGGUUCCAGUAGAGACGGGACCAAAAAAAAAGAAACAGAAAGCACCUCAGGGAUUGAAUGAAAAUUCUGCACAGUUAGAGAAGUCCCACCAGCGAGAGAAGCUUGAGCAUUUCAAGCGCAUGUGUGAAAUGUUGGAGCGGGUCAAGAAUAGUUCAAGCUCUAGCUCCAGCUCUGAUUCAGAUUCUGAUUCGGACUCUCAGGGCUCAGAUGCAAGUAGCGAUGGUUCCAGCCAAGGCUCCACUGGGAGCCACCGCAACGCCAAGAAUCGCCACUUUGCACCACUAGGUUUUAGUGAGAGCGAGGAGGAGGAGGAGGAGGAACGAAAUGGGGGUUCUGACUCUCGAAAUGGAAAACCAAAAUUACGGGGCAACUCACAGGAGAAAGAGAACAACCAUCACUCUGUUAAGGGUGACAGAACAAAACAGACCUCAGUCCGUAAAAACUCCAGGCCUGCAGGGCAGGUGGGACUCAGGAUUGUGGCACGGACACAGUUUCUCAACCGGCCGCUGGUGCCAUCUCCACCAAAGCCACUGCAAAUGGAACGACAUGUAGUAAAACCGCCCCCUGAUAGCCCUGAGCCAGACUCCCUACCUUUGGACAGUGGUUCAGACCACGUGAUGCAGCGGGAUAUUUGGCUGGCUGUGUUUCAAUACCUCAGUUAUAAGGAACUUUGUGUUUGCAUGCGAGUUUGCAAGACAUGGAGUCGAUGGUGCUGUGACAAACGCCUGUGGACCAAGAUUGACUUGAGCCGCAGGAAAUCUAUCACUCCUGCAAUGUUAAGUGGAAUUAUCCGUAGGCAGCCUGUGACCCUUGACCUCAGCUGGACCAACAUCUCCAAGAAGCAACUCAUGUGGCUUAUCAGCAGACUCCAAGGUUUAAAAGAGCUGAUACUCUCUGGCUGUUCAUGGUCCUCUGUCUCUGCUUUGUGUGGCACUAACAGUCCCUACCUCCACCUUCUAGACCUGCGAUGGGUUGAAGACAUCAAGGACUCGCACAUAAGAGAGUUGAUGUCUGCACCUGCUGACUCAAAGCCAGGUCAGAAUGAAUGUCGGGGGCGGCUACAGAAUAUCACAGAAUUCCGACUGACAGGUCUAGAUGUCAUGGAUGGAUCCUUGCGGCUAAUGGCACGUAAUAUGCCACAUCUGACCAAACUGGAUCUCAGCCACUGCAAUCAUGUGAGUGACCAGUCCAUCAACCUGUUGACCGCUGCUAACUUCCCAGUCCGGGAAACACUCACUGAAAUUUGCCUAUCGGGAUGUAAUCGUCUUACAGACCAGUGCCUGCCUUUGUUCAAGCGCUGUGUAAAAAUAUGCAGAAUUGACCUUCGUUCCUGCAAACAGAUCACACUUGAGGCAUGCCAACGCUUCGUGGAAGAUGUGUCAUCAAUCAAUUCCUUGAAGUGUUUAGAAGACAAACUGAUUCUGAAGAACAGCUAACAUCUAAGAACAGUCUUAAACUUAAUGCACUGAACUUGUGUCAAUCACUCCUGUCUCCGGAUGAUCCGGGCAGUGUGCUGCAAUUUUUUUUCUUCUUAUCCCCUUUCAGUACAGUUUUUAUUGGGAUUAUAGAAGUUGGGGGAAGGGGGUGCCUGUCUGACCACUGUAAAGUGUGUUGUGUGUACAUUUACCAAAGGCUAUUGUCCAGAGCAUAAAAUGCAACCUCACUUUGCUUAGUUUUAAAAUGUCCAGUAUAUCCUGGUUUUGUUGCCGGGUAUUAUGUUUCAUGUAAUAGCUUGGUGACGGUGAAGCUGUGGAAAGGAGUUGUAGUGAAUUUCACCACUAUUCUACCUGUUGCUUCUUUGCUGUCCAGUCUUAGAACUGCUUCAGGGUUAAGGCAAAUAUGACUGCUGCCUUUUUUGUCGGUGAAAGAUCUAUGCGAGGGGAGCUGUCCAGGUCACCUGUAAGCCAUGAACUAUAGUUGUCUCUCUCUCCCUUUUUUUUUUUUUUGGCUUAAAUAGCUCUGUUGGGAACAGGGACUUGGGAAUUUUAACACAUUCACUUGUGUAGGCAUGACCAAAUAAAAAUAACACUGUUGGUGGCCAGUUUCAGCUUGUCAAGAGUCUUGGAAAUGGGAGGGUGGGCUUUUGAGUAGGGGAGGUUAGUCAGUAUGAUUUUGAUUGUAAUUUUGUUGCACCCCGCUGCUUGCCCAUAUUGGAUAUAUAUCAGACCAUGGUUUCAUCUGAUUUAAUUUUUAAAUAGAGGAUCCUCUUUAAACAACUGCUGUAAAAUAGACUGAUUCUUUGUUUUCCUAAGCAUACUAAAGCACUUUGACUUCUUCAGUUAACUUGGGCCAAGUGUCAGGUGUCAGCUAAUUAGAACUGGAGAGAACCACCUUAAACUUCUUUUAUGAAUACUGCCUCCAUUGUACUUUUUCUGAGUGAUAAGAAAUAGGUUUUGCAAGGUUCUUGUGACUGGUAAAACUUAAUUGACCUGCUGUCCCUCCCUUCCUUACUCCACCUAUGGAAAACAAAAAGGGGUGGAGCUUUACUCCUUCUGAAAGUAUUUCUUUUCGGCAGUAAUCGUUUUUCUAUAGUUUAUUGCAUUCUUUGUCAGAUUUUGACUUGGUAUGACAGUUAAGUGGUUCUUUUCUUAAUGGUGGCAAAAAAACUGUUGGAACUAUUUUGUUGUCACAUACAUCAUCCUUUAAAAAAGUGGACAAUUAUACAUUUGCCUGCCCUUUCUAUAGCUAGGCAAGUGUAAAUGUUACAGUGAAAAUGCAUUUUGUUGUCCAGGAGAGAGUUUUAAAUAGGAGGAAGCAGUGAUCUGACAUUGAGGACCUCUUUAGAUAAGUCCUGUGGUUUGGUCCAUCUUUUGACUAAUCAGAAUUUGGCUUAAUGUUUUUACAGAUGUUCUUAAGCUUAUGUGUACAUGUGAAUGUAUAUGGAUCCAUGUUGUUGAAGAGUUUCAGCCAUAAAACUUCACGUAUCCCCCAUGAGCAGUUAGGAUCUCCAUCCUUGUUGAUGUAUGUCUGUUAAGGAGCCUAUGUUCAUUCUCUGUUUGCUUGUGCUUGAAACUUGCCCAAAUACUGCACUAGAUGGUAAAAGGAGGGACACUUCUAGGAGUGGCUGGAGGGGUCUUUUUCUUGUGACUGGGGAAGAAAGCAUUUUGCUGUGGUCUUCUGUCCUUGUUGGGAAUUAAAGUAGCUUCUGCCUGUUGGGGUAGUGGAUUAGAGGUGUAGGAAAGGCCUAUCAACUGGGGGAAUGAUUUUUUUAACCCAGUCAUCGACUCGUAUCAGCUCAAGCCUGGCUCAUUUCUAGCUUGAUAUCGAGGAGUGGCCCCUUGAGUCAUCUUAUGGAUUUAUGGCGCUGAGAACAAAGAUAUCUCCUGAUACCUCCCCGCCCCCUUGAGAUAUCAAAUACUUGGUUGAUUCUUGGUGGGAGUUUAAGUUACGGGUGCAGGAUCUCAUGUUUAUGAACUUUGGUGUAAUGCAAGCAGCAGGCAUGACAGUGCUGUUUCCCCUUCUCAUUUGCACAUGCCCAUUCAAAUUCGACUUUUGUCCCAACUAAUAUUGGGAAAGUCCCUGGAAUUGGUUUGCUCAAGUCCAUAUAUAUAUAAUGGACGUAAAGCUGCCUGCCUCUCAGCGAACCUGGUGGAUGGCCCUUGUCUGAAAAGGGUAACAACAGUGAGCCCUGCUGAUGCCCCCCUCAUUUGUACACCUCCUUGUUUUGGAUUUCCAUAUGGCUAAUGAAAUCUAGCUUGUUUUUUCAGCUUUUUGCACUCUCUCCCUCCCCGGACUAAGAAGCCUUUGCACUCCCUAGUCAUCCCUCCCUUGGAGCCAGCUGGAGGCAGACUUCUGGCCAGUUAGAGUGAUUUGCCAAGCACCCUCCGCUGAUUCCUUUGUCAUUUCUUCAUGCUGCCUGUCAUCCCAGGGGCCCACUGCUUUUUUUGUCUCCCCUGCCACCUGAUAAAAGGAGUCUCUCAAGUGUUUGGAUGGUGUGGCACAACUGUACGUCUCUACAUACUGGAGCUUAGUGCUCUGCACUCCAGUCCUCUUCUGUACAAAUUUCAUGCCUUUCAAAUGGAACCAGUGGGGAUGCUUAAGGUUGUAUUUCAAACUCUGUACAGAUGCUCAACUAGCCUAACAGACAUUCAUAUGUAGUUUAGGGUUCAUGGAUACUGUGUGCAGGGCUGCAGGCUCAGGCAACUGCUUGCACAGAAUGUGUUUGGCUGUGGUUGCAUUUUGAGAGCUGACAGAGUUUUCCAUGGCCAGUACUUUCUGACUCCUGUUAAAGGGUUUCCUUAAGAGAAAGUAGGUCACCACCUAAAUUAGGAAGACCAUUUUCCCUAUCCUUGAUACAGGGUCUUCUAAGAAGAGAAAUUCUUAUUGCCAUCCUGAGGGCAAGACGUGGAAGCCUGUCAUAUCUAUCCUCCUCCUCUGUGGGUUGGAAACUAGAAAUCACCUUUACCUAUUUUCUUGCUGCAGUCAGAACUCCAGUCCUGAGCUUGACUCAGAUGGGAGAGGGCAUCUAUACUGGUUGUGAGAGCUGUUUUUUAAAUCAAAUGGAUUAGGAGCUGAGACACUCUGCAACCCCCACUAUGUUCUGUUUCUCUUGUAGGCAUAUAUUGCAAAAGGGCAAUAAAGGAAUGCCCCUUUUCAGAGGAAAGAUGGAGGUUGCUCAUUUCCCCUCACCAGACUGAGCAGGUGUUUGUAUGUGGUUCUUUGCUUAGUCUUUGCUAUCUGACAUACUGGGUCCAGUACCUCCCAAGUCCUUGAUAGCAGUUGCAGCUUAAUGCCAGUGGUUCUUGUGCAGUAGUUCAAGCUUUUCUGUUGUGGUUGGACAUCAUUCUGGGAAGGGGGCUGCCUUUUGAUGCUGAAUCUAGAGCAUCUCAUGUUGUCCAUUAUAAGUGAGACUCGUGAACUCCCUGUAUUUCUCAUUUUGGAGUGGCUGGCUUUUGGUUACCCUGCCUUGAGGAUUUUAGAGAGCUUCUCUGUGGGGUUCCCACUCCAUUAGUCAUAAUUUUUUUUAGCACUGCUAUGUUUUUUGCAGAUGCCUUUCUUGGCACUUGCUGAGUUUAUAUGUCCUUUGUUUUAAAAAAAAUGCGUUCUCUCUCUGCUCUUUGACAGUCCUUUGUGUGUCUAGGAGGUCUCAGUUUGGGAGUAGGCACAGUUUGCAGGUUGAAUUUGGUCCAGAUUCUGUUGUCUGGGUAAGCGUGCAACCAUAUUUUCAUGAAGCUAUGGCAAAGCUAAGAGGUUUUGGACAUUUCUAUAUACUGUGAGGAAUUUGGCAGCACUGCCACCACACAUUCAGAUGUUCCCUUGGUGUCUACUUGUAAAUCCUUGAACUAGUGGUCAGUCCCCACAAAACUGUAAAUGGCCUCUUCCUUAACUGGUGGUAUGUCCCCACAUAACUCUAAGUGGUCCCUUUCUGAAACAGGCCUGUUUCCUUUCCCAGAAAAUAUUUACUAAGUUUCCUUUAGUUUAGGGCAUUGCUUCCCCUUCCCCCUGAGGAGGUUUGCUCUUGUCCAUUUAGAGCUUAAGCUGUGCUUUCUAGCCUUUUUUUUUGGCCGUAGGCCUGAGCUUCUUCUCAGGACCUCCUUCUUUGGGGUCAGCACCCAGUCUGUAGUGCAGUAAACUUUGCUCUUCUGGUUGGGAGGCGAGUUUCAUUCUGUUAGCAGUUUCCAUCCUUACAGACGAGUGUGCUGGCAAUUGCUCUAUAUCAUUCCACAACCCCCCGUAGUAUUCUGGAGCUGUGCUUUCAGUUGCAUUGUCUGUCCAGACUCUUCAAAGGUGUGUCACUUCAGAGAUAAGCCCUCCUGCUGUCAGGGGUGACACUGCCUCCAUCUUCUGCUCACUGCAGCAUUUGUAAGAGGAGAGUUUGAUGUAGUUGCGUUAAGUCUUAAAUAUGCUCGCCUCAGUUCAGGAUUUAGCUUAUUCAUUCCCAAGUGGUAAGGAGAUCCCUGCUGUUGGCCAGCAACGUCCAUUAAACAGCUUUCUCACCUUGGUACCUGAUCCAAGUUUUAUUCCCUUUAAUCUCACUGGCUGAAUAGCUGUGUCCUUGAAGCUUCUAGAAAGCAUUUCAUUCGGGCCUUCAAGUGAAAAUGGCUAUCAGUGUGGACUGUCUUGUACUCUGUACCAUAUUUUAAACUAAGGAAAGUGGAACGCCUACUCUUUGGUGGUACGUUGCUUGCUCAGAGAUUCCCUGUAGUAUCUAUGCUUGUUUGGCUUGGUGAUCUGUCUCCUGGCCCUAGAAGUGUAAAGCUUUUAAAGUUAUCAGUUUUACAGUGCAGUGACACACGUAUUAUUUUCUGGCAUCAACUGACUGUCUUCUUGCCUUUGCCGAGGUCAGAUUGUAUUCCACUGUGGGAGUGGUUGCCUCCAGUACUUGCUUUAGAACGUUCUUUCCCAGAUGUUGACAACUCAGAUAUUAGGUCUGUUGUACCACUUUGUCCAACCAAUAUAGCUUCAGCCAUCUGGAAGUUGGGCUACUCUUGGUUGUCUGCUCCAGAGCCUGAACAUCUGACCUCCACUUUGCAGUCCUCUACUUCCUCCCAAGUGAAUGCUCCAUGAGAUUCUGCCCCACCUGUAAGACCCAAGGAGAGUCUUUCAUCUUACGUUGAUGUGCAUUCUUGCUAUGUUACUGGAUGUGCAAGAGAUUUUCUUUCAUUGAGUAUUCCAACCUUCUGAAUGUGUGUGUGUGUGUGUGUGUGUGUGUGUGUGUGUGUGUGUGUGUGUGUGUGUGUGUGUGUGUGUGUGUGUGUGUGUGGACAGUGCACCCAUCCAGACUUCGCAGUUAAAUUCCCUGUGAACCAGGCAAGUGUAUGCUAGUACCACUAGUCAGUCUGUGUGGGAGUGCACAUCUUCAUUCCUGUUUAAUGUACUACAAGCUGCCUUCUAGUAGAUGGACAGAUACUUAUGUGGUUGGAUCCAUUAUAAGGGCAUGCCUAUUACUUGUGUAGUUGGAUCCAUUACAAGGGUAUGUCUGAGUGUAGGAAAUGCCAAAAAAGUCUAAUUUUUGGUAGAAAAGAUGAAUCCAGGUGUAGAGGACUGUGAAGUAGGACCCCACUAGUAGAUUGAUACUGAAAAUGUAUUUUUUUCCUACUGAACUGCACUAAUUGUUUUUGGCUAUGAAGUAGACGAGGUGUUGAUCCCUUUUCUGCACAUUGCUUGUGUUUGGAGUUUCACAGUGUGGCGCUCAACUGUCGCAUCUAAUUUUUUCAUGAGGUGGUGGUUUUGAUGUGAUAAGUUGACAUUUUCUACCUUGGUGUCAUGGCUUCCUUCUUUGGAUGCUUUCUCUAAGCAGUGAAGCACCAGCUCUGUCGAUAUAUUUUCAUUAGUUUAUGCAAAACAAGGAAUCCUAUUGCUUUUGUCAUAUACACUAAUAUUUCUUUCAGACCAGUUGUGAUUUUAAAGAAAAUUGAUAUGUAGCUGAGCUUCUACCAAGGUCCACGUGGCAGCCAUUGAUGGGCUUUAUUUUGAUAUUUAGCAUCGCAUUUUUUAUCGUUACCUAAUUUAGAAGUUUUUUUCUAAUGUGAAUGUUAGGAUUUGGGGGGAGGGUUGUAGUACAUGAGGAGCUGCUUAUUCUCCAUUAAAUUUGACAUGUACUCAUAUCUUCAGUUUAUGCAGGAAUGCUUCUGUGUCAGUUUGAAUGCCACAUCAAUAAUACAAGAGGACAGCACAUAGCUGGAUAUAUGACUAAAAAUCCUUCACUUAUACUGUUGAGACCACAGCCUUGCAGUUGUAUGUGAUGUGUGAUAGAGCCUGUCAUUCUGUUUCAUUUGCUCAAGACUUGUAAAAUCCAAGCACUGGCAGUACGUUGUGGGACUGCUGAUUAACUCUCUCUUUUUCAGGACUGAUUUUCUCUUUAGCCACUUGAUAAGUGUGGAAUCCAUAUUGUAAGGUUAACUGGCAGACCUUUUAAUAAGUUUGACAUGCACAUCAAAUGGUAAAGUUGCAGCCUUGUAAAAUUCUUGGUAUAAAUUGUCCCAUGCUAAGCUUGCAGUGAUAACUACUUACUUGGUUAGUGCAGUAUUUAAAGGCCUUCAGCGGCAUUCCUGUCUGCAGGAAGGUUAGGUUCACACAUUGUAAAAGUUGUAACAGAUGCUUUUUUCAUCCCA